CUUCAUGUUAUAAAAGGCCAUGUGAGCAACGAGCUCCAAGCCAAUACGUGACGGAAAAUAAGCGAGUCUCAAAUAGUGGAAACCGACAGCACUCGAAUCAGACGCAUACUUUUGAUUUGUAUAUAAGGAACAGUUACUUAACAGUUACACAUGGAGUUUGAAUAUGUUAAUAUUAUUGAAAAGGAUUAAUUAAAAACAAGCACACUGAUUAAUGGGGAAAAAAUCUGCAAUAUUUAAGGACAAUGAACUAUGUUGAAACUAAAUAUAGCACACUUUCAAUAAACUGAAAACAUUCAGUCUAGCAGUAGGGAAUUAAUUGUUUGAUAUAUAUUUAGACAGACGGACAAAAACUAUCUUUCAUUAAAAACUGCGUUGCCUACGUGAAUAUUUCUAUUGUUAAUACGUUAAAUUGAAACCUUAAAUUUUCGUGCAGAUAUAAAACUUAAGAGGAAGAACUUGCAUUUGAAAUUGCUUUAAUAUUUCGUUGAAAAAUCCAAUAACGUUGUAUCUUGUAUAAAUUAAUUUCAAUAUUAAUCUGUAUUUAUCAUAGUAUAACACCGAACAAAACUUGAAGCCAAAAUGUUCGCGGUUAUGUGGAUCCUUCUAGGGACGCUUUGGUGUGUCGAGUGUUUGCCGGUGAGCCCUAACAGGGAGUAUGGUAUCCUCAUGGACGCCGGAAGUAGCAGCACCAAGGUUCGGAUAUACGGCUGGCAUAAUGCGCCGAUGCAGGUUCCCGGCUUUGUGGAAGUUUACUCUGCCAGGUCCUCACCGGGGAUCGACGCGUUGAUGGCCGUACCCAGCGACAUGUCUGACUACUUCUACAAUAUAUUGGAGGACUUAAAGGAACAAAUACCGUCUGAUAGCUGGUCGGAGACGUCCAUAUACCUGAUGGCAACGGCAGGACUGCGCUUAUUGGACGAGGAAGUUACGUCAACGAUCAUGCGGACGAUACAUGCGUUGCUAGGCAACCCAGAGCUGAACCCGUUCCGGUACCAGCCUGAAAACGCUCACAUCCUGUCUGGGGAGGAGGAAGCGCUGUUUGCGUGGCUCACAGUCAACUACCUCAACGGGUACUUCUCAGCAGACGAUACUUCUUCGCCAGAAUCAUUUGGACUGAUAGAACUCGGGGGAGGAUCAGCUCAGAUCGCGUUCAUACCAGACGACCCGAUUUACGCGGGAAAAAUGCCCGUGAACAUUGCUGGGCAGGAGUACGGUGUCUACUGUCAUAGUCACUUGUCGCUUGGAGCGGGCAUCAUGGGACUGCGCGUUGUCGACUUCCUGAUACGGGAGAAUCCAAAUGCCAACGUAAUCAAUAAUCCCUGUAUGCUUAAAGGCGACGCGACCAAUCACGCAAAAGGUCAUGUGACCAUCGGAAUAGUGGGUGAUGGGAACGCCUCCCUUUGUGAAUCUGUGUUACGUCACUUUCUGUCACCAGCAGACGACGAGAUGUGUUCACCAAAACCGUGCUCCAUUGGACAGGUGUACCAGCCAUCUAUAAGGGACAACAAGUUGUUCUCGUUUGGUCUCAUCUAUUUGUUGGCCAAAGAUUUCAACGCCAUCAAUGAAGACGGAAGACUGAACCUUGUCCACUUCCAGGAGAAGGCACGGGACUAUUGUGGACAGAGUCUCAGUUAUGUCGUUGAUACACUUCGCGUGUCGCCCAAGUUCGCGUCCCGGAACUGCCAGGACGGUCUCUACAUCCCGCUAUUGAUGGCCGCUCUGGGGUUUAAUCCUGUUACCCAGAACGUAUAUGUGGCUGACAGUAUCAAACAGUCGUCUAUCGCGUGGAGUCUCGGGGCGAUGCUCUACGAGGAGGAGCGGAACCGCUACACAGAACUUGUGCAGGGAAAUGGUGAAGAAUAGUAUACCAAUAGAAGAAUAACGGGCUCGAUUAAGAAACAACAUGGUGAUUGUAAAAUUUGGCAACAAAAACGAAUUGAUGUUUAACUAGUCAGAGCAAAUAAACAUUCAUUCUUAAACUGUUAAUUACAAAAUAAAAUCGGAAUUUAAAUAGAAAAUGCUUGUCUUGCAAUUA